AUGACGGGCUGCAUAGCAGUGACAGAGGAAGACAUGGGGAACACCAGAGUUGCCAAACAAAAUAUAAGCAAGCUAGAAGGAUGGAGACUAAUAGAGCUCAGGCAUCCUAUAGAAACAGAACAAGGUCUGAUAUCAAGAGAUAAUGAUGACUCUCACUGUUUCAUGGAGAAUUCUCUUCUUCUCAAGUCUGGUUUCUGUCAUCUAUUCACAAAACUGCAAAUGGCUCCGUCCUCAGCAGGAAUAUCUAAGCAAGCAGAUCCUUCAGACCUUCAACCAGAUGGUGGGUUUCAUAAAUUCAUUCAAUGCAGUUCCAUUGGGACAUCUUCUGGAAUUUGCUCACAAAGCUCAACAAUUCUUCCUAAUAUUGACGAUCUCUACAACUUUUCUCAGGAUGAAGAUGCGAUCAUCAUUGCAAACGAAGUUACCAAGCAAACCAUCGGGUUUUAUAAAAACCACAAUGAAAAGCUCAAAUGCAAUGACAAGGCUUGGGAGAGAUUGCACGAGCUUCUAAAUUACCAGGGAAACCAGCUGAAUGAUUGUAUCCCAGAGGGAGCUGAAAAUUCUCAAAUUAAACAACGAUUAUCAGAAUACUUCAAUGUACUAGAGCAGAUUGUAAAUAAAAAUGAUGAUAGUUGUGUUCACAUGAUUGUUCAACUCAAUAUGAAGAGGAAUCUACAACUGGUUGCUCAACUCUCCUCUCGGAUGAGAAGCCGUCUCCUCCAGAAAUCCUCACAGUCUGAUAAUGUUAUAUAA